GAGGACCCGCGCAGCUCUCGAAGUCUCUACCGGACUGCACACGGGAUGAACGCGGCUCUGUUUUCCUCUCCGAACCCGCAUCCGUCCCGCACCUUCAGGUCCGAGUCCUCCUAGACCUGGACAGAGCGCGUUCUCUCCGGAACCCGCUGCUAGAGACGGAAAACAAGAAGAAGAAGAAGAAGAGAAGAUCCAGCAGCAGACCUGAAACUGGAUGAAACUAUCUUGACUUUUAUUUUUGAUAUUUUGCUGCCGUUCUCGCCAUGGCCCCCCUCCUCGCCAUGGCCCCCCUCCUCAGCUCUCUGCUCUGGAUGCUUUUCUUGCUUCCCAAUGUGAGAUGCGACGCUGAUCCAGGUCUGUCAGUGGAUACAGAUGGUCUGGCUGAAGCUCAAAGUGGAGCUGCACCCACAGUGGAAGGUUAUUUUCUGGAGUUCCUGGAACCAGUCAACAACAUCACCCACUUCCAGGGCCAAACGGCCACACUGCACUGCAAAGUGGCAGGAAACCCACGACCAACCAUCCGCUGGCUGAAGAACGAUGCCCCUGUGGUCCAGGAGCAGGGACGCAUUACCAUCCGCAAGAACGAGGCAGGAUCCAAGCUCCGGAUCCAGGACCUGGACACAACAGACACGGGCUAUUAUCAGUGUGUCGCCUCCAACUCACUCAAGGUCAUCUCUGCCACGGGUGUCCUGUAUGUCAAACUAGGACAGAUGCCCACAUAUGGCCCAGAUGAACGGUCGCAUGAAAAAGGGUUCUGCCAGCCAUACCGAGGUAUUGCCUGUGCUCGCUUCAUCGGCAACCAGAGCAUCUAUGUUGAGUCUCUUCAGAUGCAGGGGGAGAGUGAAAACCGCAUCACAGCUGCCAUCACCAUGAUUGGUACCUCCACCCACCUAUCGGAUCAGUGCUCCAGGUUUGCCAUCCCUUCCCUCUGCUACUACGUCUUCCCUCUGUGUGACGAGGGCUCUCGGGCCCCUCAGCAGCGUCAGCUCUGUCGAGAUGAGUGUGAGGCCCUGGAGAAUGACCUGUGCCACGCCGAGUACACCAUCGCUCGAUCGAAUCCCAUGAUCCUCAUGCAGCUGGAGCUCCCCAGCUGCCACCUGCUGCCACGGCCGGGCACACCUGAUGCUGCUUCCUGUAUGAGGAUAGGAGUGCCCCAAGAAAAACUGGGUCCAUAUUCCCCCUCAGACCACAGCUGCUACAAUGGAAGUGGGGCUGACUACAGGGGCACAGUCAGCAUCACUAAAUCUGGUCAUCACUGCCAGCCAUGGAGUGCUCAGUACCCUCACAGUCACCACCUGUCCCAGGAAUACCCCGAGCUCUGGGGAAGUCACAACUACUGUCGUAACCCAGGAGGUCAGAUGCAGGCGCCCUGGUGCUUCACCCUGGACCCUCAGGUCAGGGUGGACCUGUGUGACAUCCAGCCCUGCAAUCCUCCAGAGAACCACAGGAAGGAGAUCCUGUUCAUUCUAAUUCCUGCCAUUGCCAUCCCACUGGUCAUCGCUUGCCUCUUCUUUCUGGUUUGCAUGUGUCGCAAUAAGCAAAAGGCAUCAAUUGACUCACCACCUCGAUGCCAGCUCAACAGCUCACCCAGCCAGGACAUGGAGCUGUCUCUCCUCAAUCAGCAAAAACACCAGGCGAAGCUGCGCGAGAUUAACAUGUCAGCAGUGCGGUUUAUGGAGGAGCUUGGCGAGGAUCGGUUCGGCAAGGUUUACAAGGGCCACCUGUAUGGCACUGCACCUGGAGAGCAGACCCAGGUGGUGGCCAUCAGGACUUUAAAGGACAAGGUUGAUGCCAGUCUGUGUGAGGAGUUUCGCCACGAAGCCAUGCUCCGCUUUUACCUACAGCACCAAAAUAUUGUUUGUUUGCUGGGUGUGGUUACCAAAGAGCAUCCAAUGAGUAUGAUAUUCACCUACUCCAGCCUUGGUGACCUGCAUGAGUAUCUGGUGAUGCGCUCCCCCAACUCAGAUGUUGGCAGCUCAGAUGAUGACAAGACAGUCAAAUCCACACUGGAACAGGCCGAUUUUCUUCACGUUAUCACCCAGGUGGCUGCCGGAAUGGAGUAUCUUUCCAGUCAGCAAGUAGUCCAUAAAGACCUCGCUGCCCGAAACAUUCUGAUCUUUGACAAACUAAGCAUCAAGAUCCUGGAUCUGGGACUGUCCAGAGACGUCUACUCUGCUGAUUACUACAAUCUAAUGGGCACAAGCCCUUUCCCUAUUCGUUGGAUGUCCCCAGAAGCUAUUAUGUAUGGCAAGUUCUCCACCGACUCCGACAUCUGGUCUUAUGGUGUCUUGCUGUGGGAGACUUUUAGUUACGGUCUGCAGCCAUAUUGUGGCUACUCCAACCAGGAUGUGAUUGAGAUGAUGCGCAGCCACCAGCUACUGCCUUGUCCGGAUGAUUGCCCCACCUGGAUUUACACCCUUAUGCUGGAGUGUUGGAGUGAAUUCCCAGCAAGAAGGCCUCGCUUUAAGGACAUACACACACGCCUGCGCUCCUGGGAGAGCCUGUCCAACUACAACAGCUCAGCUCAGACUUCGGGCACCAGCAACACUACCCAGACCAGCUCUCUCAGCACCAGCCCGGUUAGCAACAUCAGCAUGAGCACAGCAAAUGCAUCGCGCUACACCAGCCCUAAAAAGAGUUCACCAUUCCAUCAGCCCCAGUUCAUUCCCAUGAAGGGUCAAAUGCAUAGGCCAAUGGUGCCCCCGCAGCUUUACAUCCCUGUGAAUGGAUAUCACCCCAUGCCAGCUUACCCAUAUCUGCAGAACUUUUACCCCAUGCAAAUACAGAUGCCCAUGCCUCACCAGCAGAUGCACCACCAACCACAGAUGGUUCCCAAAGCUGGUUCUCACCAUAGUGGCAGUGGAUCCACAUCUACAGGCUAUGUCACGACUGCCCCUUCCAACACGUCCGUCACAGAGCGAGCAGCUUUGCUAAACGAGGACUCCAAGACUACAACUGAGGACUUGGCUGAUAGGACGUCCCAGGAAGAGGUAGACCAAAACAAGGACUUGUCAGUGCCUGAAACAGAAUUGCUAGGCGACAGUGACCUUCCACAGACUGAUGAAUUGGUGAUCCACUUGUCAGACACAUAAGUGUGUUGCUGUUUGAAGAACAGUGGAGCUGAAAUAUUCUGUGAGCUGUGCUUGCCAAAAAUUCAAAAACCAGCAUGAAGUUAGCAUUUCUGCAGAACAGUGACUGAAUGUUUUUGUACAAGUUUCUUAGAUAGUACAGAUGCAUUUGAAUGUCAAGUGUGUCUCAUGUUUGUACCUCUCAAACUCCUAUGUCCAUGAUUUAGCUAAAUGAAUCGUGCAAUCCUCUAUAGACCUUGUUUUUGUAAUGUUGCCAUUCAGAAGAAUCUAUGUUCUUGCCGUUGCUGUGCAACACAAAACAUUUUCUUAUUCAGUGGUUGCCCUGCCUCGAUAGAAGUCUUGUUUUCUCUGAUGCACACAGUGAUACAAGCCACUUGCCAGCAAGGUCAUUCAUUGGGAGGCCAUAAGAGCAGCAUUCAUGUCCCGAACGCCAAUCCUCCCACCUUGGACACCACACCCCUCUAUAUAGGCACCCUGACCUGUAGGGAUUGCUAGUUUGGCAAAAAGUGACAUGAUCCCUCACCCUCCUCCCACAAACUUACAACGCCAGUUGAAAUGCACAAUCAGGUUUUGCAACCAGAACCCAGGACUGAACCCUGGUUUCUGUAAUGGUGGAAAAUUGUUAUGGUCAUUCACAGCAUGUGCACUCCUUAAUGACAAUUUAAUGUUGUUUUUGAACAAUAGAAUGUAUGAUCAAUAGAGAUGUUGUAGGGGGUGUGAAAGAAUCCGUCUAUGGGUAACUUUGUUGAUAAUUAUACACACAGAUGUAUUUUGGAACUUAUCUCCAUCAAAAAGAACAAGAUGUUGUUUUUUCAGGCCAUUGACAAAGGUUUCAUUCCAUGUGACGUAUUUCCCAUGAGGUUGAUACUUUUAACAUCAACUUUAUUAACUAAGUUGUAAAGAUUUGUAAUUAACGUACUUUGAACUUUGGUUUGAACAUUUUAUUUGUUUAUAUUUUUUCAUUACUGGUGAAGAUUGCUAAGCCACACUUUACUUUGUAUAAGCAGUUUGUUGCUUACCAUAUACUGUUCACAUAAAGUCAUAUGAAUAAAAUGGUGUAUUUUCCCUAGGAAAUCAUAUGCUGUCACUUAUGACAUCAUAUUUUGCCAUCAUUUGUCAUUAAAUGUGCAGAGAGUUACGGUACACUGUGCAUAAAGUUACAGUAGGCCAAAAUAUACUUUGUAGUGAAGAAAUACUUUUAAUGUUGAAUAAAAUAAUCUGAUUGAUCACAUACUGUACCUUUCCAUUGGGGUUCACAUUUAGAAAUACUUAUAUUU